GUGCCGGGCGGACGCCCAGGCUGUGGGUUCAGGUCGGCAGAGCUGUCGGGCUGCGCUGCCGGGGCAGCCGCGGUUAUGCGCGGCCGAGAUGGUGCAGCCGCCCGGCGCUAGGCUCCGCCUCCUCGCCCCUCUGCUGCUGCCGCUGUUGCUGCUUACCGUCCCCAGUGCCUGCCCGCCGAGCCGCCCCCCGGGGCCGCCCGUCGUGCUGGUCCCAGGGGAUUUGGGUAACCAGUUGGAAGCAAAACUUGACAAACCGACAGUGGUACACUACCUCUGCUCCAAGAAGACAGAAAGUUACUUUACUCUCUGGCUGAAUUUAGAAUUGCUGCUGCCUGUCAUCAUUGACUGCUGGAUUGACAAUAUCAGGCUGAUAUACAAUCGGACAAGUAAGAUCACAGAGCCACCAGAUGGAGUGGAUGUCAGAGUUCCAGGGUUUGGGCAGACAUUUGCCUUGGAGUUCCUUGAUCCUAGUAAAAGAAAUGUUGGUACUUACUUUUACACACUGGUGCAGAGUUUGGUAGAUUGGGGCUACCAGAGAGAUGAAGAUGUAAGAGGAGCUCCUUAUGACUGGCGGAAGGCACCAAAUGAGAAUGGAGACUAUUUUGUUGCCCUUCGGAAGAUGAUAGAGUCUAUGUAUGAACAGUAUGGAAGUCCUGUGGUGUUAAUUGCCCACAGUAUGGGUAAUAUGUACGCACUGUACUUCCUCAAUCACCAGACUCAAGAAUGGAAAGACAAGUACAUAAAGGAUUAUGUGUCGCUAGGUGCCCCAUGGGGAGGUGUGGCUAAAACCCUCCGAGUGCUGGCUUCAGGUGACAACAACAGGAUACCUGUCAUCAGUCCACUUAAGAUCAGAGACCAGCAAAGAUCUGCAGUUUCAACCAAUUGGAUGCUCCCUUACAACUACACAUGGCCUCCAGACAAGAUCUUUGUAAGCACACCCACUGCUAACUACACUAUCCAGGAUUAUCAAAAAUUCUAUAAGGACAUCAACUUUGAAGAUGGCUGGCUUAUGAGACAAGACACUGAGCCCUUGGUCUACCAGAUGAUACCACCUGGUGUGCGCAUCCACUGUCUUUAUGGCACUGGUGUAGAAACCCCUGACUCAUUCUAUUAUGAUAUGUUUCCUGACAAAGAGCCCAAGAUUGUGUACAGUGAUGGGGAUGGUACAGUGAACUUGCAGAGUGCCAUACAGUGUCAAAAGUGGGUGGGCAUGCAAGAGGAGGAGGUGCUGUUGUUUGAGCUGUCUGGAAAUGAGCAUAUUGAGAUGCUGUCAAACGUUACAACCAUUUCUUAUGUGAAAAAGCUGCUUUUUGGUUUGUGACACCUUAUGUUGGCUCUCUUUCCCAUGAUGCUUUCCCUUAAAUAAGGGGAAAUGCCUUUUGAUCCCCUGGUUUUUAGGCAGUUGGGUUAUUUAUUUGUUGUUUUUUGGGACAUUUCUCCCCUCCCCCCCAAGCCAUUUUCAGAAAGCUGUUUUGGUGUCCUUAAUGCUCACUUGUCUCUUGAAUGAGUGUUCAAAAUGCAUCAUGGUGUUUCACAGUUGGAAGUCUGUCAUGUGCAUUUGAUUUGAUACCUCUAGUGGAAGUGUCCAGUGUUCAUACAGAAGUUCAUUUGAAUGUGAAACCCUUUUGUGCAGAAUGUACAGCCUAUGCCAUUUCCUAUGUGUGAUCUUUGUUGGGAGGAGAAAUAUUGCUUACUGUUCAGUGUCAGUUGUGCAGUAAAAAGAAAGAUGUCAAGAAUUGGGAGGGCAGCAAUGUUCCUCCAAGAUCUGAUAUCUUAAUAGUUCAGCUUGCAAAUGUGAUCUAGCAGCAGGUGUAACAGACUUAGAGUUAAAUAUUGCUUUUUUUUUUUCUUUGCUUUUUUUUGUGUGUGCGCAUUACAUCUAGCCUCUCUGUAACAUUCAUAUUGUUCCUGGAAAAGAGAUGUGUUAAUGCUUAUGAUUCCUUAUUGGGCAUAUCUGCAAAAGUCAGGAGAGACCUAGUUGUCCUUUACUCUGAGACCUUGAUGACUUGGCAUCUAGAUCCCCAGGACUGCUAGCAAUCUUUUUACAUUUUUUCUUUGUUAGCACUAAGAAAAACCUAAAACUUAAGGAACCCUAUAGCCAUUCACAUGUGGAGCAAACAUCAACAUCCACAAACAAUGAAUACUGGCAAAUGCAGAAAAUGUAGAAUUUGUCAACGUGAAAAAUUACCACUGUUUGCCAAAAGGUGGGGGAUAAACAGGCAACUAUUUAAAACAAAGCAAAACUCUAAAUUUCCUAGAGCUGGGAUACACUGUAUUGCACUCUAGUUUAAAGUAUGUAACUUGCUUCCAACCAAAUACUUUUGUUUAGAUCCAGAUUCCAGUUCAUUGACAAUCUUUUAAUAUGGAUCAAAAUCAUAUUUUGGUGGCAAGAAGUUUAGUGUAGAUAUACUUCCUGUAGUGGCACUAAGUUGGUCCUAAUUAGGGUUGAGAAAUUAGUUUUAUAGUGUGAAAAUUUCACAUUUGUACUUCCCCAGUUACAGAGACUUUAAAUAGCCUAUUGUGUAAGGUUCACAGACUUGAUUGGGAAGUGGUACUGAGAUUCUUCUGCACAAGCAUUAGAACAAGUCACCAGUUUGAUCACAUUUCUUUGCUUUUGAUAAGAAUUCUGUUGAGUGCUUUCAGUACCUGGCUCUUCAGGAAAAGAUACCUUCAGAGUUCUUGACUGAAAUUCGUCAGGAAAAACCAAACAA